CAAAAUAUUGAUUUAUUAAUGCAGGAGUAUUGCAGGAAAAGAACAUGCUUGCUGCUGAAAUGCCAUAAAAUGUUCUGAAAAUAGUUCGAAAAAAUAGUGAAAAAUUGGGUUUUUUUAGGGGUUUUAGUUUUAGUGGAGUAUGUGAUUGUGUUGUGUUUAGGGGAAUAACAGUAUACGAAAUUUAAAUGGGUAUUUUACAAGAUUUUGGUAGCAGUCUAACUCACUGGUCAUUCGGACUAUUCAUAUUAAUUGGAUUAGCAGCAUCUGAAUACUCAGGAGCAGAAACAGUCUUAUGCAUUUUAAUUUCGGCAAUAGUUUCAAUAAUUUCAGGAUUAUGUUCCUCUUCAGCAAAAGAACCUCAAGAACAUUACAGGAAAAAGAAACUUUCCGACAUUGUAGAUUUCCUAAUCGUGUGGCUUGAUAUUCUUAUGAAUUUAGUAGCAGGAGCGACUUGUGCUAGAUUGGCAAGUGCCACAGUGGAUUAUAUAAGUAAAGGCCAUUUUAGGGAAUUUCUGUUUGGUAUGGAACAACAUUCGCUUGGAGAACCUUGGCCGGAUGUGCUUGGAGUAACUAUUAUAGUUGUGGUUACACUCUUGUUUAUGAUGGGGUUAGAAAAAUCUUCAGCUAUAUCAAUUUUAAUAACGGUAACUUUAAUAUGGACUUUUAUAUUUUUUAAUAUUGUUGGAAGUAUUCAUACUGUGAUAAAAUUCCGAAAAUGGUGCGAAACUUUUAGAGUACACUCUUUUAGAAAGGUUUUAAGAGCUGCCGCAAAAUGCUUCUUCGCAUUUGUACAUAUUUUUCCUAAAUUACAAAAUAAUAACUGUAUCAAAAUGUCGGCAAUAAUUUUUACACCUUUAACAUUCUACACAACAACUGCAAUAAUAUUUUCUAUGAUGACUCAUCGCAACGAACUCAUUGGGACAGCUAUUCCGCUAGUUCAAGUUUUCGAGAGUCGAGAUGUAGAUUGGGCGCGACCGAUCAUGGCGGCCUCCACGAUUUUUGUAGUAUGUUUGAUACUGACCGAAGUUUUACCUACUGUUUAUAAUGCCUUCGUAAAACUCGCAAGCAAAGAAUGGAGGAUAUUUGUUCCGUCUAUUCAGUACAGAACUGCUGGUACAGGAGCACCAAUUUUAGCUAUUUUUGCAGCAGGAAGUUUAUCAGCCAUAUUGGCUUUUGCUUGUCCACUUUCUCACCUCAUCAAACUUCUAAAUACAGCCGCACUUUUAAAAUGUGCUUUUAUAUCUUGUCAACUCAUCUACAGCAGAUAUAAGCCUGAAAUCAACUAUGAUUAUUUAGUUCAUAAUUCGAACGUUCAAUACAGCAAACUGCAAAAGAAUCCAAGCAAUUUAGCACUUCAAAAUAAUUUGAAUUGGUCAACAGUUAAAGAAAAAGUCCAGAACUGGUUCAAGAAAAAGCCUUAUUAUAUACAUCGUCUGAGCUCUCCAAAAAAUAUAAUUUCCCAAAAACUAACACCUGGGGGAAGCAGAAUUGAAGAAAAAGAAUGCCUUCUAUUAGACGACUAUAAUACGAGAGCCAUAAAUUUGGAUACUGCCGAAGACAGUGCCUCAGAUCUUGAAGAUGAAUCUCUAGCUUGUACUGACGAUGAAAAUUCGAGUACGUCAACCGACAUAGAUAUAGUGGUUGAAGAAUACAAAGAAGGUCUUAAAGUAGCGACUGUCGGUAAAUUUAACGAAAACAGAAGGUCUACCAGAUUCACUUCUACAGUAGUUACUUUUUGCAUAAUUUUAGCAAUAACAUCAUCGAUUUGCAUGGCUCUAUAUAUAGAAAGAGUGUAUAGUAUUUAUUGGCCUAGUUUAGUAGGUCUAAUCAUAUCAGUGUUAGUAAUAACUGCAAUGCCCCAAAAUGGGGCAGACAAAUCAAAAGAAGCAAUUUUGCCGUCCAUACUGUUUCCUUUUUUUAAUGUAUCUUCCAUAGUGCUUAAUAUUAGUCUAUCUUCUACUAUUUUUAUAGACAUUUGGCAGGGGGUCGUUUUUUGGACAUUAGCGGGUCUAUUGUUGUUCUGGCGGUGCGACUGCUGUACUUGCGAAGGUCUGUUCAGAAGCCCCAAAGUCCAUAACCAGAUCAACAUCACCCCGAACAGUUCUAUGAGCGUAGAAUGCAACUUUAAAGACAAUAUUCCGGUGCCAGUAACCGAUACGAUUUACAUAACCAGAUGACACGAGGAUGGCUUGGAUGAUGAGCUGCUGGUUUCUGAUUCCGAGGAAGAUAUUUAAAUAAGAGAUAUAUCGAGGCGAUUCGCGGCCUGUAGACAGUUGAUUUUUGAGAUGUUAAAGUGUUUAGUAUCUCAUUAAGCAGAAAAUAAGUAAAAUGAUUUGCGAUUUUCUUACGGCGAGAGAGUAAGAGAUUUUGUAAUUUUGAGAAUUACUAUUAAAGAUAUUCGUAGACUAAUUUCUUAAAACUGCGUAGGAAUACUUUUCUAAUGGUUAGAAAACUAGGCAGAAGGUCUGGAAAGCUUUUAUUUUUGAUUGGCAACCAAUUUCUAGUAUAAGAAUAUCAAAUAUCUAAACUGAUGCAAUUUAGUGUACAAUAUGGACUAUCAGGUAUUGUUAAUGCAGAUCAUGUUCAGCCUAAUCCCACUUAAACCUGUCGUUUUAUGUGAAAAUGAGGAUCGUGGAGGAAAAAUUACAGUAAGUAAAUGUUUGUGACCACCAAGUAUUUUAUAAUUAAGUUUUCUAGCUCUAUUUAUGCUAAUAAAAUAAAGUAUAAUAAAAAUCUAUAAAUUUUGUAAAAAUUUGCAGUCUGUUGGUUUCUGACAGCAAUAAAACACUUUUUUUUACAUCUGAAAUAAAAAAAAAACCUAAGUUAGCCCAUUCAAAAUACUUAAAACUUAUUUCAGUCCGGACCUAGUCCGAAAAACAUAUUGGCUUGAAUGACCUAAAUGGAUAAGUACAUUUUGAGGUUAGAAAAUAUUUCUGUUAAGGAAAAUCUAAUUUUCCAUGUGUUAUCCCCAAGAACCACUCGUAAAUUUCUUUCCAACCGUCUAACAUAUAUGUACUUUUUAAGCUUCUUCUAGGUACGUAAGCGAAAAUCUUACAGUUUAUUAGUAUAAAUCGAAUGAAAAUCUUAUUUAAAAGUUAAUCGAAAGCUUAUUAAAAUUAACGAAUGACAAUAAAAGGAACUAUUUUUGUAAGCAAUCUUUUACGUUUUGUUUAAUGAGAUAUUAAUUUAUAAAAGAGAAUAAAUGGGCUUAUAUAGAAUCGCCAAAUAAAAGCAGUUUGUUGGGAAUUAAAAUGUGAUGUGUUUUAUAUAAAAGUAGUUUCACAUUCAUUUUAAGAUAACUAAAAUUGUUACCUGAUAAUUAUAUUGAUAAACAAUAAUUGACUAC